AUGAAUGACGUCACUUACGAGAAGGUCUUGGAGUGCGCUGGAAAGAACCAAGUGCUGAUCUUUGUACACAGCCGAAAGGAAACGGUGAAGACCGCUAAGUUCAUUUGUGACGCAGCAAUGCAGAAAGAUACGCUGCCCCGUUUCCUGCAAAACUUCUCAGCUAGUCGGGAAAUUUUGCAGGCUGAGGCGGAGGCAGUUAAGACACAAGACUUGAAAGACUUGUUGCCAUACGGCUUUGCAGUUCACCACGCAGGGCUCCCCAGAACAGACAGGAAGCUCGUAGAAGAUCUGUUUGCAGAUAGGCACAUUCAGCAUAGUGAACUGCAGUUCUACCUCUCUCUGAACAACCAACAGUUGCCCAUCGAGUCGCAGAUGAUCCAGUGCCUGCCCGACAUGCUCAACGCAGAAAUCGUACUUGGAUCUGUAAGAAGCAGGGAAGACGCCGUGCACUGGCUGGGCUAUACCUACUUGUACGUGAGGAUGCUCAAGUCACCCUCGCUAUACGGUAUACCACCAGACAUGGUAGCUGGUGACAAGCUUCUUGAGCAGUAUUGCAUUAACUUGGCGGAUUCCGCUCUCAAGACAUUGGAUAGACACUUCCUCAUCAAAUACGAUAAGAGGACUGGGACCAUCCACGUUACAGCAAUGGGGAGAGUGGCAAGCCACUACUAUAUCAAGCACGCAACCAUUGCAGUGUACAAUGAACAUCUGAAGCCGACUCUCUCAGACAUCGAACUACUGCGUCUGUUCUCGCUUUCAUCCGAGUUUAAAUACAUGCCCGUCAGGGAGGAAGAGAAACUAGAACUGCAGAAACUGAUGGAGAGAGUUCCCAUCCCCGUGAAGGGUUCCCCCGAUGAGCCAUCUUCUAAGGUUCUGCCUGAGGAGUUGCUGCGCAAAAUCGAGAAGAAAGACUUGCCUUUCGACCGCUACUAUGACUUGACAUCAACUGAAAUAGGCGAGCUCGUGAGAGUGCCGAAGAUGGGAAAGCUACUUCACCGCCUGAUUCACUCUUUCCCGAAACUGGAGCUUGCAGCGUUUGUGCAGCCACUUAGCCGGUCUUGCCUUGUUGUUGAGCUGACCAUUACCCCAGAUUUCCAGUGGGACCCGAAGAUCCACGGCAACGGCGAGGUCUUCUGGAUCAUUGUGCACGACGUCGACUGCGAGCAGAUUCUCCAUCAUGAGAUGUUCAUAUUACCAGCGUUCCAAGGAGAAGUUGAACAUACGCUAACUUUCACGCUGCCUGUGACCGACCCGAUUCCUCCCAGUUACAGCAUCCGCGCCAUUUCAGAUCGCUGGCUUCACUCCACGGCGUCAUUGCCCAUCUCCUUCAGAAACCUCAUCUUGCCAGAGAAACCCAUGCCUCACGCAGAGCUGCUCGAUUUGCAGCCACUGCCUGUCUCGUCUCUGCACGAUAAGAAGGCGGAGGAACUGUACAAGAAGGAAGGCAUUAAGGCGUUUAACCCCAUUCAAACACAGGUCUUCUCCACCUUGUACUCGACAAGCGAGCCUGUGCUGCUGUGCUUGCCGCCUACUAGCGGCAAGGAGAUCUGCAUAGAGUUUGCCAUUCUACGGAUGCUCAAGACAGAGCCUGCCAGCGCUUGGAAGGCAGUAUACCUUGCACCUUAUUCAUCUGUAGUACAGGAAACGCUGAGACAGUGGAGCUCCAAACUGGGCAAUGGCCUAGGGCUUAAAAUUGCAGAACUCACGGGUGAUCUGCACGCGGACCUGAAGAUUUUGGAGCAAUCACAUAUCGUGGUGUCUACACCCGACAAGUGGGAUUUCUUAUCUCGUCGGUGGAAGACUCGCAAAGUGUUGCAGUCGAUCCGCCUAUUGGUUGUCGACGAUCUGCAUCUUCUCAACUCUCCAGUAGGCUCUACUCUGGAGGUAUGCCUUUCAAGGAUGCGAUACAUCUCCGCGCAGCUGCCUCAGCCCGUCCGCAUCGUUGCCUGCGCCAAUUCCCUCUCGAAUGCCAAGGACGUCGCAGAUUGGCUUGGGGUAUCCGCUACCGACAGAUCACGUUCGUUGAAAGGCUGA